UUGAGUAUGACAAUGAUCAUUAGCAAUGUAAAUUGUUCGGAUGAAGGAAAUUAUCACUGUAUUGUUCAUAAUUUAUUUUCAACGGGGAGUAACCAAACGCAAGCUCUUUACAUCAAAGUCCCUCCUAAACUACCCGUUCUAACUAGUGUACCGAGAACUGUCAUUGAAGGAUCUUCUAUAAAUGUCACAUGCAAAGCUAAUUUAGGUCGGCCGGGCAAAGGAACAAUACGGUGGGAAUUUUACAGUAAUGGACUCGAGGCCAAUAUCAGCACACAAAUUACAUCAAGGAAUCUGACCCUGCUGCCAGAAGAUGACCCAUGCACUCGACGCUGGGAGAGUAGAAUAAGUCUAGUGGCCAACAGAACCUUCCAGAACCUAAGCCUGGCCUGCUAUGUUGUGAACACAGACUUCCCAGUGACACAACCCGGAUGUUCCAGUGUUAACUUCUGUAGUCGGACAGACAACAUCACUAUAAUGAGUGGUGACAUCAUUGGCAUUAUUGUCGGAAUCGUUGUUGGUUUAGUCGUGGUGGUUGCAGUGUUAGUUGUCGUCUGUCUUUGGUUCAAAAACAAAGCUUCACGGCCGUCUGGACGUACCCAAAACGCGACGAUCGGCAGCAGUAUGGUAAAUGCGCCAAGGCGCAUGUACGAAAACGUAAAUAACAACAAAUCUCCGAGCGUCAUGACCACAGUGAACUAUGUAAACUUAGCGGGAAACGCUGGUGGCGCUAACCAUUAUGACGUACCGGAAACAGAAACAGAAAAUGUGUAUGUGGAGGUGGACGACACAGCGGAGGAAACGCCCGUCUACGAAGGAACGUUUUUCAUCACACAAAACUCUUCUGUUCUAACAGAGUAG